UGACGUCAUUGAAACAGGAAGUGUUUUCACCGAAGGAGAGGUGGCUAGUGUGUGCUCGCUCUCCUGACCUGCCAGAGCUCCGUGUGUGAAGGGCACUGUCAUGGUGGUGGGGACGACGCUGCUGAGAUCUCUUCGGACCCUGCGCCCUCCCACCCUAACCGGGGCUUUGGGAGGGCACCCAGCUCCCUUCCAGCCGUCUUCAGGUGUCCUGUCCCCGCUGUGGAGGACAACAUAUCCCAUCAGGACGCUGCAGGUGUCCGUGGCUUGGUGCGCGGGACACAACAAAUGGUCCAAAGUGAAACACAUAAAGGGACCCAAAGAUGAGGCGCGAGCGAGGAUGUUUAUGAAGUUUGGGAUGUUGAUACGGUUCGCUGUGAAGGAAGGUGGAUCCAACCCAGAGAGGAACACAAACCUGGCCAACAUACUGGAGCAGUGCAGGAGCAAGAACAUGCCGAAAGCAGCCAUAGAUGCUGCAAUCAAGGGAGCGGAGAAAGCUAAACUGGUAUCUCAGCAUCUGUUCGAAGCGCGAGGGCCCGGAGGAUGUCUGCUGCUCGUCGAAGUCCUGACUGAAAACCCUUGUCACGCCACACAGCAUGUCAGACGCCUGCUAAUCAAGAAUGGAGGGAUGCCGUCAGAAGGAGCUCGUCACAACUUCGUCCGGAGGGGAGUCGUAGUGGGAUCGGGUCAGAACAUCACCACUGAGAGAGCUCUGGAGUUAGCCAUUGAAGCGGGAGCUGAAGAUGUUCAAGAAGCUGAGGAUGAGGAAGAGAAGCCCCAAAUGAAGUUUUUUUGUGCCGUGGUGGACUUGAACAAGGUACGAGGCUCACUGGAGAGGCUGGGAAUGCAGAUAUCGUCUGCUGGAUGGGAGUUUGUGCCCCGCAGUAACACUUCUCUGGAUGAGGCCCAGCUGGAAGAAGCUUCCUCCCUCAUAGAAGCCCUCAAUAACUAUCCAGAUGUUGUUCGAGUGUGGGACAACAUCCAGGCUGACAGCUGAGUGCAGCUUUUCGGACUCUCUGUGGACACUGACUGGGUCUGUGGAGGAUCUGCUUUCACAGCAACAAAGAUUUGUGGCCCGAUCCGUUGUCACGGCAGACAUUUUCACUUGAUGGUUUGGAUGCUUUGUGUGGGAAAGCUUGGAGAAUAAAUUCUAGCUCUAUGACAAA